UUUGUCAUGUUUUCGAAUCUGUAACUUUGUUCGAUUUUUAAUCAAAUUAUGGAUAUAAAGGAUAGAUCAAGAUUUUAUUUUUUAUUAGAAAAUGGCGAAAAUGUCAAUAAUCAAUCGAAACGAAUGAAGCAAGCAUUCGAUUUUGUAAAUCAUCAAAAUUAUCAUGCCGAAUGGAUCAAUUUCGAUUGUUUAAAAAUGAAAAAUCUCUCACCUAAAGAUAUAUCCUACCGAAUUGUCAUGGAAAACUUUAUCAAUUCUAAUAGUCCUUUUGAAUAUUUACGAAAUAAAGAAUCACGAAUUAUCAAUCCACUUGUAAUUAACUAUUGUUAUAGAAAUGUUUGUUCGCAGCCAUUCACCAAUAUACCCAUGAGAUCAUGGCCCAUAUUUAGCCAAUGUAUGCGUGGAUUAGAAAUAACUAGCUCACAAUUAUCACCGACAAAACAAAACCAAAUAAAAAAUAAAAUAGAAAUGAUGUCUGGCAAAUAUCAUUGCCAUUUACAUGCAACAACCUCGUUUUUGGUUACCGAUUCCAUAUUAUCACAAAAAUCUCUUUCAGCAUUAGAAAAUAAUAUACCUAUCAUGAACAUUGAAUGGAUUGAAAUGUGUUGGUCCAAAUAUCAAUACGAAUAUCGACGAGCAGGUGAAAUGAAUAUUGUUUCCAAAUAUCGGUUGCCGAUUUUCCACAAACUUAAUAUUGUCGUUUCAGGACUAUCGAUGAAAGAACGUGAAGAAAUAAAAAAUCUUGUCGAAAUUAAUGGCGGCAAUUAUCGCCCAUCACUGAUGGUAAAAUCGAAUCAAAAGAAUACAAUUUUGUUAUUGCAUUCAUCAAAAGGUGAAAAAUAUAAAUAUGCAAAAAGGAUGAAUGUACCAUGCGUUCGGGUUCAGUGGAUUUAUGAUUCAUUCGAAACUGGGCAUAUUUUACCAUUCGAUCAAUAUCACAUCGAUACUGAAUCAAAAAUUGACAAAAUUGAUGUAGAUAACGAUGAUGCAUUGGUCGAUUCUGAACAAUCUUCAACCUCUACAGAUAAUGAUGACGAAAAUAGUGAAGAAUUUAAUAGUAAAAAUGAAAUUCCAAAUAACGAUGACGAAGUUGACGAAUAUGAAUGCAAUUCUAAUAUUCAAGAUGAAAAUGAGAAAGAAUGGGAAAUAAUUGAACCUAUUCCUACCAUCAUGUUUUCCGGAUUUGAAAAAGAAGAAAAAUUACGCCUUUCUCGACUUUGUAGUGAAAAAAUUCCCGAAGUAAUUAUAAAAAAUGAUUCGAUUGUCACUGGCGAACUAACUCAUCUAAUUCUUGCCGAACCUCAUGGAACAGAAAAAGUUUAUGCUGCAAUAGCUGCAGCUGCAUUUAUUUUAAAACCAAAUUACAUAAAAGAUUCCAUUGAAAAACAAACAUUAUUGACCGAGAAAGAAUAUCAAUGGGGUAAUGGAAUUCAUGAUGAAAAACUCGGUACUUGUGGCCCGAAAUUAAUGAAAUCGGCAAUCGAAUGGAAUAAUUAUUUAAGAAAGAACAAACAAUCAAUGUUUCACGGUUAUAAAUUUCUAUUAUUAUUCGAUGAUACGAAGUUUGAUCUCACAUUGCUAAUGUCUUGUGCCAAUAUUCUUCGAGCUGGCGGAGCGAAAAUCAUUCAUCUUGAUGAAUUAAAUGGCGAUGAAAAUAAAGAACUACUUGAACAAAUUGAUUAUGCUAUAGUAGAAUGGCGAAUAGGAAAAAAAUUGACUAUUAAUCAACGAUCAUUGUUUGAUUAUAUUGAAUAUUUUGACCAAAAUGAACGUUUGAUUUCUGACACUAUAAUUUAUAGAUAUAUAUUGGAAGGUCCUGAUAUUAGUUUGAAUGAUCUCAUAACAAAGUAUCCUGUUGAUAUUAAUGAUUUUUCAUAAACUAAAUUUCAAAUA